GCGAUGAUGUUUGCAAUACUUUUGUCGCAAAGGGCGCACUCUUUCUGCUUCUUUCUCUAAAUUCCUGUUGAUCCAUACUAACAUACCAGACGCUGAACAGGAACGAGCAAGAAUGGGAUCCAUUCCAACGACAGACUCAUCAGCGCCCGCAGCGCCUCACUCCCACCCAGUCCCUGCGCCAGGAGUCUAUGCUCCCGCAAUCACCUUUUUCGAUCCUGCCACGGACACUCUAUGUCCGACCGAGCAGGGUCAAUACUAUUCGUAUCUUGCCAAAUCAGGCUUGACGGGCCUGGUGAUACUAGGGACCAAUGCAGAGACCUUUCUCCUGACUCGCGACGAGCGAUCUGCCCUCUUACAACUGGCACGCAAAUCAGUGCCUGAGGACUACCCCAUCAUCGCAGGGGUUGGUGGCCACUCGACAGCACAAGUACUUGAGUACAUCUCAGACGCUCAUGCGGCCGGUGCCAACUACGUCCUGGUCCUACCUUGCGCCUAUUUUGGCAAGCAGACGACGCCCAACGUUGUACACAACUUCUAUACCGCCGUAGCCAAAUCCUCCCCGCUACCAAUACUCAUCUACAACUUCCCCGCUGUUUGUAAUGGCCUUGACCUCGACUCGGAUGUCAUCACGACACUGGCGCAAGAAAACCCGAAUAUUGUGGGAGUAAAGUUGACGUGCGGAUCAGUGGGCAAAAUCACACGGCUGUCAGCCACAUUUGCGCCGGAACGCUUUGCAGUGUACGGUGGUCAGUCGGACUUUUUGGUGGGUGGACUGGCCGCCGGAAGUGUAGGGUGUAUUGCGGCGUUUGCAAACAUAUUUCCCAAGACGGUGGUCAAGAUCUUUGACCUCUGGAAGAUGGGCAAGCAUGAUCAGGCAUUGGCAUUGCAAAGGAUGUCUGCGCAUGCCGAGAACCCUACCAAGGCUGGAAUUGCUACCACCAAGUAUGCCGUGAGUCAAUAUAGUGCCAAAGCCGCUGGAAUCCAAGGCGAUUUGGAGGCCAUGUUGCGACCUCGAAGGCCGUAUGAGGAGCCAACAGAGGUGGUCAAGAAAAAGAUUGUUGAACUCAUGACUCCGUUGGCGGAGGUGGAGAAGACUUUGUAGCAGGCUUCACAUUAUAUGGGCAUACAUACAUGCUUCUUGGGGGUGUAGGAUGUUGUUUAAUGAAAGAGUUUCCUGCCUUUGUUGAUUCAAGCAAUACCUCGAGUCCGUUUGAUUGCAGGCGAUGGAUAUA